UAAGGCAAAAAUCAUUUAGUACAAAACAUUUCCACCCAAAUGGUCUAGACUUGCUUUGUUUUUAUUAUGAUUAGAAUUAUCGCCUUUCGGAAGAAACUUUCGGGUGUAGUGGGACAUAUCCCUGAAAGAUUACAGAGGUUGAUUACAGCGAUUCCUAUUCCGAUUAUGGUUCCGAUUUCUCUGCUUUAACAUUGAUAAGCCAAAGCAAUAUAAAAAGGCAGGGGCGACAACUGCUGUCCAAACCAAGACUUUCAUCACAACUGACCAGUGGACAUGGUCAACAUGGGACUACUUACACCGCUCCUGCUGCUGAGCACCCUGGCAGUGGCCAGCUGCACCUCUGUACCUCUCGAGACUUCUGCCGAAGGCUACCAGACUGCUUCCCGGCUGGGGCGCCUGGGUACGGAGUUCUCUGAUCACUACCAAAACAUAACACUCGAUGACCUGGCCCGGAAUCGACUGCCCUCGGCUGAAGAUCUAAAGUGCCUGGCGGACCUCACACUGCUCACCAAUGACCUCAAGUCCCUGAAGUUAUGGGCUCUCAAGAUGAUCGACUCGUGGGGCUCAGUACCCUCGGGCAUCAUUGCCGGCAAUCUCAUCGAUUUGGGUAACUACGACGAGUGCCUGCGCAUAGACCAUGCCGUCACCAGCGGUCACAGUGUCAAGGGCAAGUACUGUUUCGCCAGAUUCCCCAUCCUGCCGAGCGUUUCGCCGCUGUUGUCCCUGAAAACGGCCGUUUGCUUUCCCGCCUCCUGUUCGGCCGAACACAUGGACACGAUGCUACGCAGACUGUUCCAGAGUAUACUCAACAUGGAGCUUAGCACGGAUGAGGCGCUGGUUAGUGAGGAUACAUGCCACACCGCCGAGAAGAAACCAUACGAUGCCCUCACCAUAUUUACCAUAGUGGUGCUCUCAAUACUAGUUGCCCUGGUGCUCCUGUCCACGUUGUGUGACUACUUCCUGCCCGGAGAUAAAGAGAAUCAAUCCCUUAAUCCCUGGAUCAAGGCCUUCUCGGCGCGCGCCAAUAGUCGAGUCCUCUUCCGACUGGUGGAGCCCGGAACCAACCCGAAUGUCAUUGACUGUCUCAACGGCAUCCGCUGCCUGUCCUUCAUCUGGGUGGUUUACGGACACGUUUAUCUCGUCAAUGUCUUUGCUCCCAAUCUGAACUACGUGGACUGGAACACGUGGCGCAAGUCGGCGUACAGCAUGUUGUUGCAGCACGCAGCCUACUCGGUGGACACCUUCUUUUUCCUCAGCGGCCUGCUCCUGGUGGUGAUCGCCCUUAGAACCAUGGAUAAGACCAAGGGAAAGUUGAACGUUCCGCUGAUGUACCUGCACCGCUACUUGAGACUCACGCCCAUCCUGGCCAUGGCCAUCAUCGUAUACAUGACAAUCCUUCCGCGCAUGGGCGAUGGCCCCCUCUACGGAUCCAUAAACUUUGAUGACUACGCGCAGUGCAAGGAUACGUGGUUCUGGUCGCUACUGUAUUUGCAAAACUAUGCCACCCAUGAAAUCUGCUUGGGACAUUCCUGGUACCUGGCCGUGGACAUGCAGCUGUACAUCAUCGCGCCCCUGCUCCUGAUCGCGCUCUACAAGUGGGGCCGGAAGGGGGCCGCCAUGAUAUUCGUGCUUAUGCUGCUCCUGGCUUCUUGUCUCUUCACCAUGAUGAUCCUCAAGGACCUGUCGCUGCUGAAUCCAAAGAACGAUUCUAUGAAAAAGAUUUACUUCUCCACUCACACUCGGGCCUCGCCCUACCUCAUUGGAAUCCUCUUUGGCUACUUCUUGCACGUCAACCGAGGCAGGUCCUUCAAGCUCAGCCGGGCAGCUGUCCUCCUGGGCUGGCUGGUCAGCCUGGCGCUGCUCUUCACCUGCCUAUUUGCUGUCUUCCCCUAUGCCAAGCACCAGGAGACACCGUCCACACUGGAGGAGGCCUUUUACCUGACGCUAACGCGCAUCGCCUGGCCGCUGGGCCUCUGCUGGCUGGUCUUCGCCUGCAUGCAAGGAUACGGCGGUUUGGCGAACAGCUUUCUUUCAUCGCCGUUGUGGCAGCCGCUGUCGCGACUCUCCUACUCCGCCUACAUCUUCCACAUGUUCAUCGAGAGCCUGAAUGCCGGCCUCACGCGCACCAACACCUACUUCAGUGACUACCAAGUGAUGCUCCGCUUCUGGGGCGAUUUCGCCUUCACCGUGCUCCUUGCCUUCGCCGCGUACAUCCUGAUCGAGGCGCCCUUUGGCAACCUGGAGGGCCUUCUGCUGCCUGCCAAAAAGCCCGCGGUUCAGGCUAAGGUAAAGGUGCAGCCAGUUGGAGGUACGGACGCCGUCUCGACGGUGGCUGCUCCGCCAAUCGAACAGAAGUCGCCACUUCCUCCGGCUAAUGGUGUUUAAAGAGCCUGCAAACAAAUAGAUUAAGAUUUAGA